UUUGACAUUUGCCAUUUACUGUUUAUUUCAACACCGCUUGGGAUCCGACGAAUUUUCGGUCAAAUUGAGCUGUUAUUACUCCUUUUCCGGCGCCAUAUCAACAAAAAUCUCGUAAAAUGACUCUGAAUCCGCAAUACGAAGAUGUCGGAAAGUCCUUUGUGACAACAUAUUACGGAAUGUUUGACGAUCCCAAUCAACGCAGUCAACUCGUAAAUCUAUACAAUGCCGAAUUGAGCUUUAUGACGUUCGAGGGAAUGCAAUUGCAAGGCGCCCCUAAAAUUAUGGAGAAAUUACAGAGCUUAACAUUUCAAAAAAUCAAUAGAAUCAUCACAGCAGUCGACUCUCAACCAAUGUUCGAUGGCGGCGUCUUGAUUAACGUUUUAGGCAGAUUACAAUCGGAUGACGAUCCUCCACACGCUUUCAAUCAAAUCUUCGUUCUCAAGCCAUUGGGCGGAUCCUUUUUCUUAGCUCAUGAUAUCUUCCGUCUCAACAUCCAUGAUACUGCAUAAAAAAGGAGAUGAAGAAGAAAAAGUCGCUGCCGCAAAUUACAACAACAACAACAACUAACUUAAUAAAUUAUAAGAAUUUUAAGAGAGUCGUCAUAAAAGUUUAAUUGUUACAUUUUCGGUUUAAUGACAACAUCAAGGAGCUUCAAUUGCCGUUAUUACCUAUUUUCUUAAAAAAAACUCUUUAAAUAAUAACAUUACUCAUUAAAGAUGAUUUAGCUUGUUAACUGAUCGAAUGGUAAUAAAAGAAUUUUA